ACAUCUUUUCAUUAUAAAAUGAUAUAGGUAUGUCUUAUUGGGCUGUGAAUGUGGAGACGAAGUGGAAGAGGACCACAACCAGAUGCUGCCAUUAAAGCUGAUAGAACUAGAAAAUGACAGACGGAUUUUGGUUGGAAACUUUAUAUAAUUGUUGGGCCAUGAAAGGUGAUGGCGAUGAAAUUGAAAGGAGGGACCCUACUAUGCCCAAUUUGUGGCUAUUUGGAUAAAACUUUGUAGUUGUCAAACCCCAUUUUGCAUAACAAAUGCAAAAAAUACAGCUAUCUUAACCAACUAUGAGCAUUGGAAUAGUUUUGGGAAGAUGCAAUUCCUUCUAAAUUAAGGUUAAUAUAGUGCUUCCACCAUAAAUUUCCUCAAUUGAUACACAAAAUACAAAUUACAGUUAAGCGGGUAAAUACCGAAACAGUGAUUCUUGGGGAAGCGCGAGACGUGGGGUUUUGUUAUGCAUUAGGGUUUUGUCUGUCUGCAGAAUCGAAUUAGGGUUUCAUCUCAAAUGGCGACAGAGUCAUCGGAGUCAGAAGAAGAGGGGAAGAUAACCGGAGGGAAUCAGCACCUCACAGUGGAUGAUGACCUCAGAGAAAUGGGCAAGAUAGCUGCUUGGAGUGUCAGCUCUUGCAAGCCAGGCAAUAGCGUCUCCUCCCUCCGCGACGACAACCUUGAUACCUAUUGGCAAUCAGAUGGAGCGCAACCACAUUUGGUUAAUAUUCAGUUCCAGAAGAAGGUCAAGCUGCAAUUGGUUGUCCUUUAUGUGGAUUUCAAGCUUGAUGAGAGCUACACGCCCAGUAAGAUCUCGAUUCGGGCUGGUGAUGGUUUCCAUAAUUUGAAGGAUAUUAAGACUGUGGAGCUUGUCAAGCCUAGUGGUUGGAUAUAUCUAUCCCUAUCUGGAAAUGAUCCUCGGGAAACCUUUGUCAAUACCUUUAUGUUGCAAAUUGCUGUGUUGUCAAAUCAUCUGAAUGGGAGGGAUACCCAUGUGCGCCAGAUCAAAGUCUAUGGGCCUCAACCGAAUCCUAUUCCGCGCCAACCAUUCCAAUUCACUUCAAGGGAAUUCAUCACUUACUCUACCGUGAGAUGAGAAACAUUUGAUCUGCUGGCUUAGAAUUUGGGGAGAAAGGAUGUAAUAGAUUCUUGACUUCUUGUGUUAGUUUGGGCAGAAUGAAGCAUGUUGAUAAAAGAAGCAGAACCCACUUUGGAACAAGAGGAGCUUCUCAUAGAGAUGUAGAUUCUGAUUGUAUCUACCAAAACUAACAUGGAAAUGUUUGUGUUAAUAUGGAGUCUCAUGGCAUUCUGCUUUGAGCAACACAACUUAAAGCAACUCGAGUAGUUUUUCUUUGGUGUUUCCUUUUGUGUUCUUCAGUGAUUAUGAGAUCUUUUAUUCCGGAAAAGAAUAGAGAAAUUUCAUGUUAUCGCUCUGGCAUCUAUUUAAGUUUUUUUGCUCUGAGCAUAAAGAGUCAACAGCCGA